AUGUCGGAGUUCAAAUGGGGACCCGUAAUUAAGGCUUCAUACGUUCUUGUCCCUUGUGAAGUCCUUGCAGCAGCAUGUGCCUCUGCAGCUCUUCUAGGUGUUAGUCUCAGCAAAACAUUUUCGAUUAUUUUUGGAAUUCUUCUUAUCAUCUUUACUAUUGUUUUUGCAUUUACAGCAUGGAAGACAGCUGAUGAUAAGUUCAUGCGUAUUUGCUCGGCUAUUGCUGCAGUUCUGAUGCCAAUUGCUGCCAUUGGAUGUUUCAUUGUUGAUAAGGAAUUUAUCAAAACCAGUCAUCCCGCUGCUAAGUCUCCACUAUAUAUGUUUAUCGCUGCAGCUCUUUUAAUCGAUUUCACAAUUAAUAUUAUUCAAUUAAUCAACGUUUGCUCAUUUGCUAGCAUUAAAGAUCGCCUUCUUUCGAACAACAGGCAAAUUACGGCACUUUUCGUUCUCAAUCUUGUUCUUGGCCUUGCACUUGGUCUCACAUUCGGAUUACUCGACGUUGAAGAUGAAGACACUAUUGGAUCUAGAAUGGCUAUUGUUACAGGUGUUUUUGCUGCUGUUGGACUUCUUUGUGGUUUUGGCUUUGCAGUUUUUAACGAGAGAGAAACCCAGAAAUUGCAAAAGAUUGGUCUUGAUCCACUCGCUCCUCAAGGUGUUGUUCAGCACUAUGAUGAAAUGUAA